GUUCCUUGAUUUCCUUUGUAAACUAUUUUACUCUUUUAGGAGACCAGAAGUUUGAUGAAGUUGAUGACAUUAGGACUUCAGUGUCUCUCCUCUUACAAAAAACAUUGCUUACAGACGUAGAAUUCCGUGUAGUUGUUGGAACAUCAGAGAGAGUUUUUCCCGCGCACAAACUCAUCCUUUCCUGUAGAAGUCCUAUUCUAGCUGACAGAUUCUACAAGGAGAAGGAUGCUUCUGUCAUUUCUGAAACUGAUGUCGGACCUUUAGGCAUGGAACAAAUGAUUAGAUAUAUUUAUUUGGAUGACAUUGACAGUUAUUCUGCAUUUGCUCUCAAACAAGGGCUUGAAGCCUCAUUGAAAUACAGUAUAAAAUCCCUAGAAAACCUUUGCAUCUCUUGCCUCAUGAACGUGGAGAUCACUGGAGAUAAUGUAUACGAAGUACUUGACGCUGCUGACAGAGUAAAACACGACGGAAUUCGUCAGAGAUGCCUAAAUAUUGUUAUGAAUGAUACAGAAACGGUGUUGAAUUCUUCCGCUCUAAGACAUGCAAGUUUGAAUACUCUGGUUCAUAUAUUUGAGUUGCCAGAAUUAAAUAUUGAAAGUGAAGUUCGGCUGCUCGAAGCUGCCAUUGCGUGGUUACAGCACAACCGAAACAGUUCAUCAAGGGAUAAACUGUUGUCCUGCAUAGACAUAAUGGCCUUAGAUGUCGAUGAAGUUUUAGCGGUCACCAAAAAGUUUUCAUCUUUUUUUAGCGAUAGCGAAAUUGUCAGCAUUCUUUCAAAUAUUCGACAUUUCGGAUCGCCGGAUUUGCCAUCAUUCUGCAUAACUCAUAAAUCCAAAAGGAAAUUUUUGAAACCAAAAUGUAAACCAAGCGAGAUUUCUAACCUGGGAGUUAGUAACAGUGCUACGCAGACAUCGGAUUUUAUAAUGUUGGAUAAAAGUACGGAAAUUUCUCCCAAUGAGGCGUAUUUCUUUCCAGUCCAGGAAAUUGCAUCUGUGAAAACCUCGUUACAUGCAAAGCUAGAAGAACGCGCGGAAAUUUCUGAAGAGGAGUUUUAUACGUUUCACUCAACGGAAUCUCUGACCACAGGAACGCAAAGUACAGUAGUAUCAACAAUUGAUGGAUGUUCGCAAAUUUCUAAAUCUGAGGCUGUUUUGUUCAAUAGAAAAGAGACAGAAAACGAAGAAGUUCAAACCACAUCUUCUAUUACACCAAACCGAAGUGUUGAAACGUCUGAUCUUACCCUGAGAUCAAAUCAAAUCACAAAGAUACGUAAAAAUGAUUUCGACGUGUUCAUAUCCAGUAACACAUACGAUACAGAAGUGCAACGAACAUUUGUUACAGAAAAUGAAAAAAGCAGCCCAGCUCUUGACGUCGGCACCUAUAAAUUUUACAAAAAUGAAAAUGAGAACACGCCUUCUUCAUGGCCAUCAUUACCAGCGAAAAGUCCCGCUAAUGCCAAACUGGAAGCUUCUAGGAAUGUUGGGGAUGAAAAAAUUCGAAUUAAUUUUGAAGAUGAAUCAAGAGAUGUAAUUGCUUCCUCGACACAAAUUUCAAGAAAGAAUAAUGACAUGGUAUCAACCUCCAGUAAAGAAGACAUCUCAGAUAAAACGUCAACUGAAUUGGGCCCAGUUAACAGAAUUCGAGUUGACCUCAUUGGAGAACCUAGCAACAAAGAGGAAUUGAAGAUCAAAUUUAAUGUAUAUGACGGAACAAAGAUUCAAGAAUUAAUUACUUACUACACACUUUUGAAAGCAUCGAGUACUUUUUUUGCUCAGCUCUUCGAUGAUGAUCAUAACUCACCGAAGCUGUCAGCUAUAAAGCUUGAUGAUCUAAGCUUCAAAGGAUUAUCCUCUAUGAUAAGGUUCCUCGAAGAGUAUAGAUUAACUUUAACACCACUUAGAGACUUUCCUGAAAUCUGGAAUGUUGCCUGCAGAUUUGGAAUGGACGAACUGCAGAAAUACUGCAAACGCCACUUGGAAAAUGUCCCCAUUACUUAUGAUACCGUCACUGAACUGAUGUCUUUAUCCUCAGUCAUGGGACUAACAGUUCUUCACAGGAAAUGCAAAAGCUUCAAAAACACAACUGAAAGAUUAAGAAUCAAUAGCACCAACGAGCUGCUUAAGUUCAAGAAAAAAAUUAAGAAAUGUUCAAAAAAAAAUUAAGACAAAAUAAGGAGAUAAUCAUAUGUGAAAAUUAUGUACAAUUUUGAAUUGGUUAAGAGAAAAGUAUCCGUAAAUCUUCUCUGCCUAAAACUUUGAAUUAUACUUGAAGGCUUUCACAUUCACAAAAAUUUAUCUUCUUUAGUUUGUAAGGAUUAUUUUAAUUUUAUUAACAGUUAAAUUUUGAGUUAAACUUCCCUUCUUAUCGAUUCUUAAUUUCAACUUAUCACUUCCGGCCAGAACGUAAUUUUAGAAUCACGUCUGAAUGCAAAUGAGGAAGGGCGGUAUUUAACUUCAGAGUUCUACUGUCUUAGUGAGAGAGAUAUCAGAUAUUCUGGCGGCACGCGUCCGCUUUUUUAGGCUACUCUCUCCUAAGCUUUUAUUAUGCUCGGUCGUACUUUAGACCCUUGAUAGCUUCGCAGUUAGUUAGCGUUAAGGGGCCAACUCUGUUAGAAUUUUAAUAGCUUCGGCUUUAUCUCUUUAGUUAAGAUUAGUUUAGUUUAAUUCUUAGUCUUUUAAGUUCAAUCCUAAGUGUCAGCUUUAUUAUACAACACAAAACUGAGUUCUGUUAAAUCUUAUUUUAAUAAUAAAGGAUUUUUUAACCCUU